GUACCUUAUCAACUUCUUGCUAGAUGCCACAUUGGGAAUGCUGCUAAUCUACAUCGGGGUGCGUGCAGUCAGCAGCAUCGUGGAGUGGCAGCAGUGGGAGUCCCUGCGCUUCGGUGAAUAUGGUGACCCCCUGCAGUGCAGUGCUUGGGUGGGCCAGUGUGCUCUGUACAUAAUGAUUAUGACAUUUGAGAAAACCAUCAUCAUCAUAGUGCUGCUUAUACCUCAGUGGAAAGAGGUAGCUUUAUUGAAUCCCAUAGAGAACCCCCAGCUGGAGCUGGCUAUCGUCAUGCUGAUAGUUCCCUUCUUUGUUAAUGCAUUGAUGUUCUGGGUGGUAGAUAAUUUUCUUAUGAAGAAAGGGAAGACAAAAGCUAAACUUGAAGAAAAGGAAGCAGGACAAGAUUCAAGAAACGGCAGUAAAGUCCGAUACAGGAGAGCAGCAUCACACGAAGAGUCAGAGUCAGAAAUCCUUAUUUCAGCAGAUGAUGAGAUGGAGGAGUCGGACGGCGAGGAGGACCUGCGCAGGCUGACCAACCUCAAGCCCAUUAAGAAAAAGAAGCAUCGCUUUGGGCUGCCUGUAUGA